AGGUGUAGCAAAUGAACACUCUGCUAGUUGGUGACCUUUAUGCAUACUGCUUCAUGCAGUACUUAAGUGGUGUGUGAGGACAGUAAUUGGUUGAAAUAACAAUAGUACCAAAUCAUUGUUUACUUUGGGGCUAUUUCAGAACUCUGGAACUGGACUGGGAAUAACAGCUGGAGUGGUGAAGGUGUACAGUAAAUUCAAAAUCUUUACUUGGAAUUGCUAGAAAAUCAGACAUGUAAACUUCCAAAAGCCAUAAUUAGAAAAAAAAGGUAGCUGUGUGAUUUUUGAUUUUAUCAUUUAAUUUUAUACUAGGUGGAAUAUACAAUCAAUAAUUAGGUAUUGGUGGUUCUACAAAUAAUCUUCUUGAUAUAAAUAAUAUGUAUAUAUGGGGUCAAAAGGCAGUGCAUUAAAUAGAAAAAACAAUAUAUAAUGCAGCGUCACUUGCCCAAGUGAAGCAAAGUGGUUCUGUAAAGUCAUAGGAAGAUCUCUGGUCACUGACGCCAUUUCAUUUUUAGUUGGUAGACCAUUUAAAGCUUAGUAGUGCCCCAUAUAUUUUUUACAUGGCAUAUUCAGGUGUGUUACAGAAGCCCAUGUCUGUUUGGCUUCCUGAGUGAUUUAAAAGGGCUUGAAUGUAUGUGUUUAUAACACUUUACUGCAGCAGAUAAUAGCAGGGACAUAUACUUUGUUUGGAAAUAUAGACAAACUAUCGAACACCCCGAUAGCACUAGAAGAUACACAUUUUCACCAGUAUGCUCUCUGUGUAUUGCUUACACAAUUUAAUGUACUGUUUAUAAUUAAACUUGCACUAAAAGUGUGCUGCUCUGCAGUAUGCUUGCUAUUGAAUCUUCUGUUUGGUAAAUUCUUACAAAGAUAACACAAGUACAGAUUGAUACAGAAUAAUGGACAGCCCUAAUUAUAUAUAAUCUCACAGUUGACUUCUGCAAUUAACGCGUUCAUUUUUUGGGAGAUUAUUUCUUUGACACACGUUAAUCACACUCCUCUGUCUUGUCACUAUUAACAUAUCGUAAUUAAUUUCCUGCGGCACCAUUUUAAUACACUCGAGUGCAUGCCAGGAUUGAAUGAGUUUAGUCAUCGUUUGAAUAUGAAAUUUGUCACUGAACCACAUUAUGUAGCAAAGCACUCAAACUGAAGGACUUGUGAAUGGGAAGUUUAUUUUUUUAAACUUUCUGAUAGUUCAUUGGAUAGAAAGAGGGUUACUUGUAUCUACUGUCAAAGUGAGUUCCAUUAUCACAGAAGUGCGUCUAGUCUGCUGUACCACCUGCAUGCUGCUAAACUUGCUUUCACUUCUCAAAAUACACUUUCUAGUAGUUCUGCUGCUACAGACAACAAGAAUACAACAAAUGAAACCCAUCAGUUUCAACAGAGUACUCUUUUAGAAACCCAUGCAUCAAGGAUGAUACUAUAACCAGUGCUGUUGCAAAGUCGAUAAAUAACAUUGUAGCUUUGUUUUAUUUCAAUAACCACAUUUAUUUUAAACAAUAUUAUUUAAAAUUAUGGAGGAUAUAACUGUUACUCGGUGAAUGUUUUGUUUGAUUUAGGUAAUUUCAAGUUAUUAAAAAAGAUAAUUUACAAUUAUUAUUAUUUAAAUGGCAAUGAAAAACAUCAGUUUAUGAGUAAAGGAAACUGAUCAUUUUAAAUGCAUUAAGGUGAGUAAUAAACUGACUCCAUUGCUUAAAAAAAAGUUUUAAAAUAACUUAAUGGGAAUGAAAAUAAAAUUGCCCUUGAGGAAUGCAACUUUCAGUCAAUACAGUACAGAGCAGCAACCAAACUAGGGGUGUGCCUUGUGCACAGUGAUAAUCCCAGUGGGUAUUUCUAUUUUUAACUUGCUGUUCUUUACUCUCCCAACUUUCACUCAAUGCUUGCUGUAGUAUAUUCAUUCAAGCCAAGGGCUCAGUGGGGAUUGAAGUUUUAUGGGAGUGUCUCGUGUAUUACUACUACAGGAUCUGAAACGAGCACUGAGACUGGAAUACAGCUGCUGUUAAAAGAACUAGAAUCAAGGCUGUUACCACUGAUGUAAAUAGAAUACCAAUCUGCUGCAAAAGCAGAACCGACAUUGGGCUGCUACUGUUCAGCAAUACCAGGACGGGAAGCGCUUCAGUGGGUGGAUGUGGGAUUAAGAGUGUUCAUGGCUUGCUGUUAGAAUCAUUUUGCCUUCUUCCACUGUAUGAAGUUUGGAUUGAGGUGACCAUGUCCAAUGAAGGAGACUAUGGAGGUCAGCCUUCCACAACAACCAUUAGUAUUGUUGAAGCCCAAGCAGGGGAUUCACAGAUCAUCAUAGCAUUACUAAAGUGUGGAAUAUUGGUGCAGCUCCAGCUGGCUGAAUCCACACCGAAUCUGUUAGAGAUUGGAAGUAAUCAAGAUGAGACCAAAAAGCUACUGCAUGGACAUGAAGUCAUGUUGGCAAAACUCAAGGCACAUGAGGAUGGUGUUUGGAGCUUGCUGGGUGAAGCUGAUAAAAUUGCAGAGGAAAACCUGGAUCAAGAACAGGUGUAUGGUGCCAUGGCAACCACUCUGAGUGAGGCCUGGGUGGCUCUAAUAGACCUCUUGGAAAAGCUUAAGGCACUCUUACAUCUCGCCUUGGAAUUUUUUGACAGAGCCCUGGAAUUUGCUAUUAAAAUAGAUGAAGCAGAAGACUUCCUACAAAAUGCGCAAGAGUUUCAGAAUGCAGAUUGCCUGAAGGAGCUUCUUCACAAGCACAGUUAUAUGAAGAAAGUACUUUUAGAAAAAUCCAUGUCUCUUUUAAACAAAAGCCAGGAGCUGCAGGAUUUCAUUAAAGACUUUAAAGUGGAUGACCAGCUAUAAACUCCUGAAGCUAUUAGGGGUGCCCGAAGCAGCUGUCUAAAGAUUGAGAGCCUCCUGGAGAUGCUUCAGGACAGACGAAGGCAGUUAAAUGAACAGCUAAAACAAAAGCGUAUGGACCUGGAACACAUUCAGGAAAUGUGCCACUGGAACCAACAGGAACAGGAAGUGACUAACUGGUUGAAGGAACAUGCAGAAGUGUAUUUAGAAAGAGAUCAGCUGGGUUCGUCUCUGUCUGAAAAUGAAGAAUUACUGCAAGAGUAUCAGGAAUCUGAGUUAAAAGCCAAGGUAGGGAGCCUGACACCCAAGACACUGCCUUAUACAGAGUGGAGCUUGUAUUUUGAAAGAUUAACAGCAAAAGCCAGUGUGAUUCUGAUAGCAGAGGAUUAUAGGGAUAAAGAAGAGGUGUUGGUCCGAAGUCAGAAAUUAAAGGCGCUGCACGAUGAGAUUUGGGACCUAAUGUUGGAAAGGAGAACUCACCUACAAGAGGCCAAUGCAUUUUUUAGUAGUGCCAACAAGGCGUUUAAUGUUCUGGGGAGUAUCGAGGGUCACUUGAAGCUGCUGAACUCUGAGUCUUUUAGUUUGCCUGAAUUAGCCAAAAGGCAGGAAGAACUGCAGAAAAGCAUAAAAGAAACUGCAGCAGAGGCUCUGCAACAGGGGGAGAGCUUUUUAAAUAAAGUCAACCCUCAAAGUUUUCUGACAUCAAGCUGGGUAGAAAAAUGCAGCUCUGUACUUUCAAUGAAUAUGGAACCCGGAUCGUGUCUCUCAGAAUCAGAGGAUGUACUCUACAAACAUUUGGAGUGGUCUCUCCAAAUUAAGACUGUACAUGAUUUGAAGACCGUUGAGAAUGUUCUUGCACCAGCAUCCAAAGUUGAGUUGGGAAGUAAUCUUCUGGUUGCUACCCAGCUCCAGGACAAUUUCAACCAAGCAAAACCACAGUUUCAGCAAUUAAAUGCUGAGGUGGAGUACAUGAAGGAAAAUAAUGAGGUUGCAGAGUUUCUGCACAUCCAUCAGCGAGUGAAGGAGAGGAUCAAUGAGUAUGAAGCAGUCCUGAAUAGGACUGUUAAGUUUCAUCAGCUCUUUGAUGAGAUGGAUAAUCCCUUGAAAUCAGAACCAGUGACUGCAUUCCACGAUAUUAGUCAAGCCAAGACCCAGCUCAGUCAGCAUCAAGGGAAACAGACCCAUAUUCGACACCUCUGUAAACUGGCUAUUACCUUAGGAGUGGAUAUUACCACCACUGUACAGAAAUCGAGCGCUCUGGGCUUUUCUGUGUAGCAGCUUCAGAAAAAGCUGGAGGCACUUGAGGCUGGGAGCAUCAACUGGAGCACAGAAGCAGACAAAUAUGAGGAAAACCUUCUGAGCAAUGUGCAUUACUGUUCAGUCAAAGAGGAGAUCAGUGAGCUUAAGGAUUCGUUUAAAGACCUCAAGAAGAAAUUCAACAAUUUGAAAUUCAAUUAUAUGAAGAAAAAUGACAAGUCACGAAACUUGAAAGCUGUCAAAAACCAGAUUCAACAGGUUGACAUGUAUGCAGAAAAGCUUCAGAUGCUAAAGAAGAAAAUAAGUAACUUUGCAACAAAGGUUUCUGCUGGCACUGAGAAGCAGCUCCUUGGAAGUAACCCCAGAGAAAUUGAGGAAGCUGUGAAUGAGCUUCAAAAACAGGUGGUCGAUUUCGACAAGACAGUGGAGGAGUACAAGCAGAACCUGGACAUGUCUGUGCGUCUGCAGCAGGCCAUGGAGGAGUAUCAUUUUGGGUGUGAAGAAGCGAGUGCCACCAUUGUGCGAGUGGGAAAAUAUUCUUCAGAAUGCAAAACCAGAGAGGCAGUGGGCAUUCUUUACAAGCAUUUUGAAAAGUUUGUCUGGCCUACAGUCCCUCAACAAGAGGAAAGAAUUAACCAAAUCACAGAACUGGCUGUACGUUUACAUGGGCCUGAAGAAGGGAAGAAGUUUAUAGAGAAAACAGUUACCAAACACAAUGAAAUUCUGGAAUCUAUUAAGGAACUGUGCAAUGGUCUAAGAGAUUUUGAAGAAAAACUACAGACCAAAGAUGAAGACUUACUGCACAGAGAGUUGCCUCAUUCAGUGCCUGAUGAUUUCCUAUUGCAAGAUGCAGCAGCUAUACUUCAUGCUGCCACAGAGGGCAGUGGACUGGCUGAGGGGACUUGCAAAAUGAUUCUCACUGAUGAAACCCUGCCUAUUGAUGAAUAUGAGUGCGCGUCUCCAGAUGACAUUUCUUUACCUCCACUCUCUGAGACCCCCGAAUUCAACAUCCUUCACUCUGAAACAGACCUUGAGGAUGGCUUUUGUCUCAUUUCUCACAGCUUGCAUGUCAACACAUCCAGGCAACAAACACAGUCACAAUUCGGCAAUAACAGAAAGACUGACAGCUUUGACUUCUUAACACCUGUUGCUGCUGCUGACACCCUAAACCACAGACGAGAACGGGUUUCUAGUCAGUCUGAAAGCUAUCCUUCACCUACUGGGGGGCUGUACCCUAAAUUUAAGUCUGAAUCAUCCUCAUUUGUUCGCAGUCCCUUGACAGUGCCUGCACCUGGCAUUGUUUCUGAUACACUUUCUAGCAUAUUAAAAAGCAAACCUGCAAAUAAUUCUUACAUUUCUGGCACAUUCAGUGAAUGCCGCGAAACACACUAUGCUCUGCAUGAGAAUUUCACUGAGACACAAGAGUAUUUGCAAGACCCUAACAAAUGCAUUGCAAGUUCUGGCAGCCUGCAUGCUUCGUCUGCCCCACUAACAACAGAUCCCCCGGCCCAUAAAUCAGAACAUGAUACAGGUUUCUGCAAGCUGACGACCAUUCGAGAGGAGAUAAGGCUUCCAUCGGGGACCAGAGCCAUGAGCAACAUAACUGGCCAGGGCCUGAACUUCUCCAGGCUGUUGCCUAACGCUACUGUAGUGGAAGGUUUCCCUGUGACUUUGGAAGUAGAAGUAACAGGAUUUCCAGAGCCUACUUUAAUAUGGUACAGGAAUGGACAAAAACUGACCAAUGAUGAACACAUAGAACUUUCACAAAAAGAAGGCAAACACAGUUUAUUCAUUAAGAAGGUCACUGAUAGUGAUGCUGGCCUCUAUGUUGUUCGGGCCAAAAACUCUAGCGGUACUCUGUCUUCUAGUGCAGUCCUGCAAGUGAAAGGUAACUGGCAACCCAAUUUCACGCACACAAUUAAUGUGGACUGGCUCACAUGUUUUGGUACACUCUGUGUUGUCUUGUGGCUAAUGUACCUGUUGUUAACUUAGUUACUGUCAUUUUGCACCACUGGACUUGUUAAGCUUUUCACUCAAGAUGGACACUCUUCAGAAAUAAUAUUAAAGUGUUGCACUUUGCAUAAAAAUAACUAUUAUCUCCAAUCAAGAAAUAUGUGUUAAUAAUAUUGAAUUGUAUUUGUUACCGUUGUUUCGUUGUUUUAAGUAUAUAAAAAACACUGUUCAAACUGAUUUGUAAACCUUUUAAUGGAAAGAUUGCUUUCAUUAGCAUUUAAAUGAAAAAUAUACUAUAUGCUGCACUACAGGGUAAAUAAGUGGCUAAUUCUGUAUACAGAGCCAGUCAUAUAGCUGUUUUUCUUUUCUAGUUCUGACUAUUUAACAUGUUGUGCAAUCCUGUUUUACUGAAACAGCUCACUCUGAGAGGGUCACUGCCUUAUACAGAAGUAUUAUGGGAGGAAUAUGCACAAUGAAGCUAAUGGUAGAAAAUGGAUGUUACUUCACUUUGAUUCAGCUCUUAACACCACCAUGUAAAUGUAGUAUUUGACACAUUUUGGGGCGACUACUAUGCUUCUACUAAACCUGGCACUUAAGCAGUAAAUCUCUUAACAUGCUCAUAAUCUUUGGUAUAUGUCAAAAAAACACUUAUUUUUUAUAUUUCCUCACAAUAAAAUGUAGUAAAAAUAAAUCAAUAAUAAAUAAAAUAACUGAAGUGAAUUGUGCUUACACAAAACAUCUUUGCCUGCUGGCAGCUGCUGUCUUGUUUAUGAAGACAAAAUAGCACAAGGCAUCAUCUUGCUGGAGUUUCCCAUUCUGCAAGUUGGGCUUGCUUAUCUCCUGUAUUAUAUAAUCACCCAUGCAUGUCAGGAAAAAUGUCAUAUUUGUAAGUUGUUAAAUACAGUAUAUAUUGUAGUCUCAAAAAAUAUAUACGAAAUCCUAUAUCUUAACACACUCAUUGCAGUUUGAUGGCUCAGAGCUUUUACUAUUAUGAUAUUAUGGGUUAAGACAGCACGUUUGUAAAAAAACAUAAAAUAUUAGUUCAGCUUUAUAGGAAAUUGUAUAUACACUGUUCCUAAG